AUCAUCUGUUGUGGAGUGGAUGAAGAAUUCUAACCCGUCAACAACACCUUACACAUAUCACUCUCCUCUUCGUAGUGGAUUUAUGAAUACUGGAGAACCAUGUGAUGUAAAUGAGGAUCCACUUGUACAUGUAGAAGUUCAAAAUGAUGAGAACCAAGAUGACAAUGAGGAGAGAGAAGUGGAAGAUUAUGUGUUGGCGAAUGAACCAGUUAUUGUAAAAGAAGCAACGUUGCCCACAUAUGGCAAUGAACAAAAACAAGCAGAUGAUAUGAAUAAAUGUCCAAAUCCCAUUGAAGUGGAAAAUGAGCAAAGGCAAGCAACAGAUUUGCCGAAUGAUGAUGAAACUCGUGUGGAAGAGAGAGAUACCUGUGUACCAAUGGAUUCUAUAGCACAUGGUGAUGUAAUGGAGUCCAUCCCUAUAGUGGUGGAAGAUGAGUCUGAUAAGUCUAGUCAGAUUGGGCACGGGAUGAGAAUCAAGAAAAGGUCACUUGUUCUUAAAUCUCCGUUCACAAAUCCGGAGAAGAGAAGGAAGCUUCGCAAUGUAAAUGCAUUUGACCCAUUUCGAGAGCUAGAUCCGGCUAAGGCAGAUGACUUACAGAAUUGGUUGGUUAAUGCACCUGACAGUGGACAUGUGGACAUAAUGAUGUUCACGAAGCCAAAAAGUUUCUUUCUUGAAAUUCAGAAGCAAUUUGGAUGGCUCGAUAGUGAUGUAAGUACUUUAGCAUUCUAUAUUUUUCUCGUACUUCAUUUCAUUCUUAAACGGCUUUAUACAUCUACAACACAUUGACAUAGCGUUGUUGUUGAUGAGGGCACGAAUGCAUACAUAUCCUACUGUGUUCCCACAAGAUUGUGCAAUUUUGGAUUGUGCUUUUACUAACAUGUGCACCAAGAGGUUUGAAGAUUUUGAGCUGCAUAAGAAAGAAAAAAAUCCAGUAGAAGACUUUAAAUGGAUGAAAAAUAUGACAAGAUAUAUAUAUGGUAAAAAUCCAGAAUGGAGCAAGCGAUGGGAUUCUUGUACAUCGUUGUACAUUCCCUGCAAUGUAGAAAUGAAGCACUGGAUUGCACUUAAAGUGGACUUUGCCGAACGAACUAUAUAUGUAUAUGAUAGCAUGAAGAGUUUGACUCGUUUUGGAAAAUUGCAAAAAAUCAUGCAUCCAAUUGUGAAGGUGAUUCCUAGAAUGAUGAAGGAAAGUUUGUUAUUCGGGGAAAACUAUCCACACAAGCAGUUUCUAUGGCGUCGACAUGCAGACGCUCCACAACAAAACAAUGCGGGAGAUUGUGGGAUGUACGUUAUCAAGUUCAUAGAGCUUUUAUCGGCGGGAUUAGACGUGAAACUUAUAUCCGAUACUAUGAUUGACAGUUGGAGGAAGAAACUAGCCGCUGAAAUUUUUGCUAUGCAUUUCGAUCCAUAAUUGUUUUUUCAGUAUAUUUUGCACGUUUAUGUGGUUGGAAGAUUGAGAACUCUGAUGCUAUUUUUGUCUACAUGGUAGUUUUGAAAUGAUGUAGUUGGAAAACAUGUGCACGGAUGCUGAUUUUUGUCUAGUCAGUUUUGGAUGUUCAUCAAUCUUCCUAUGAAAUUUAUGGAUGUUGAUAUUGUGUACUCAGAUUUGGAUGCUGAUCA